UAGAUGAUAAUUUUACUCAUAUGCCAGUUAAAAUUGCUAUUGAACUAGAAAGACAAUUAAAUACCAGUAAGAAUAGUAGAAGUAAUGAAGAAAAUAUAGAAUCUGAAACAGUUUCUUUAGUAAGAUCAAUAGAAACUAAAAAUAUUGAACAUGAAACUGAAAAGGAAAUAUCUCAAAUUAAUGAUAAUAGUAUUUUAAUUCCUUGUGCAAUUAUUGAUCAUAUUGAUAGUAAUAUUAAAAAGUGUGGUUCAACAAAUAAGUUAUAUAGAUUAUGGCAACUAGUUAGGACAUGA